AUCGGAAUCCUUGCCGAAAAGGAGUCAGCCAAGCCGUUCAUCGAAAUUCCAACAUGGCGAGCGCCUCAACAAGACAAGCAUCUGUCGAGGAGGUCAAGAACGAUCUGGCAGUUAGAUCUUUCGACCUGCCGAGAGAUGGACAGCAAACACGCGAUGGCAUCGUCCUGAUCCCUCAGCCAUCCCAGGAUCCAGAAGACCCACUUAACUGGACGGCUGGACGAAAGCGGAGGAACCUGGCUAUCCUCUGCCUGGCUGGAUUUGCAGGCACAGCUUUAGAUUUGGCCAACCAGCUGGCUAUGAAAGACCAGGCCAAAACCUGGGACAAGGCCCUGAUCGAAAUCACCUACACCAUCUCCGCUUCUAUCGCUGGUAUCGCCUACGGACCCGUGUUGAUCAAUCCCCUGGCGCAGGCCUUUGGUCGUAGUGCCAUUAUCUUUUGGUGCCUCUUGUUCGCCAUGGCCUGUGCCAUUUGGUCGGCUUGUAUGACUGGGUCAGGGGAUUAUGAGCGCUUCGUUGCGUCUCGCCUGUUUGAUGGAAUUUUCGGCUCGGUCCCCUCCAUCGUAGGGGUGGGGGGCGUAUACGACAUGUUCUUUUUGCACGAGCGCGGCAAGGCAUAUGCCAUCUUCCAUGUGUCCUUUUUGUUCGGUACUGUUGCUGGUCCGACUUUUGGCGGCUUCAUCGUCGACCACACCCGCUGGCCGUGGGUGUUCUGGUGGAUUGUCAUUGCGCAAGGGCUAGUUUUGAUCCUGGCGUUUCUUUUCCUGGAGGAUACCAAUUAUCCUCGUGACGGGCAUACACUUCCAGUGGUGAAGCCCACGACCUUUUCGGCAAAUCGGAUGGCGACCCUGCUCCCCCACAAGACCGGCAUCAGCCGUGCAGAACUGGGGCGUAUCGCUUGCCUACCAUUUCGCAUUGGCCUAUCACCCGUGGGUCUCCUGAUCGGCAUCUUCCAGCUGGCGUCAUUCGGAUGGUUUGUCGCAACCCACAGCCUCCUAACCGUCUGGCUCGAAAAGCCCGUGUCUGUAGGCGGCUGGGGAUUCACUCCCCAAAGGAAUGCAUUCUUCAUUUUCUCCCUUUGGGUUGGUCUCCUCACCGCUGAGCUCUGGGGCUAUCUCUGCAACGAUCGCAUCGCGCUCUGGGUCUGUCGCAGAUGGCAAAAAGGUGUCUGGAAGCCGGAAUGUCGUCUGCACGCCCUCUGGAUUCCCUCUCUCAUAAUCCUGCCCAUCGGUCUUGGUAUCGUUGGCUCCGCCCUGCAGUACCAUCUCCACUACAUGGUCCUCGCGCUGGGUGCCUAUCUCAUCACCUUUGCCUCGAUGAGUUCUGUUCCGGUCGCUGUGACAUAUAUGAUUGAGUGUGUUGCCUCGCAACCCACCGAAGUGGGAGUAUUCAUGGGCGCCUACCGUCUCACUUUGGGCCUGGCUAUACCCUUCUUUAUCGACCAGUGGGUUGCACGCGUGGGGUUUGGCUGGGUAUAUGGGAUGAUGGCGUUCUUUUCUAUCUUCGCGUUUAUGUUUGUGAUCAUGUUGAUGGGGUUCGGGGACAGAUUGAGAGAGCGAACUCUGAAAAACUUGGCCGCGAGUGAGAUUGGAGCCAAGGUGAUCUAUGCCAGCGACGCGGAGGACCGCUGA